AUGAUCAUUCGCCCCUGCCUGUCUACCAACGUAACCGCGUCAGAGGCAAUCGAUUUGACCACUUUCACCGACAUCACCACCACCACCUGGGAUGACGCCCUCGCCGCCAUCGAGCGAGGUUACGAGUUGGGCUGGAGCGACGGCCUGCCCGUGGUUCCCCCACCACGACGCGGGUGGCCGAGUUCAUCGGCUACGCCGGCCGCGCCCCGACGAGGUCCUCGGCGAUUGCCCGAACGCCGCCGCGUCAUCACCGUGGAAAAAGCGGCAGCCAACGCCGUCAUGGCCGGUUGCCUGCCGGAGUAUUUCCCGGUGGUCCUGGCCGCCACCGAGGCAAAUGCUGGACCCGGUGUUUAA